CGAGCUGAGCACGCGGCCACGCACCACCAAGUUGCAAGUAGCUCUCUUACAUUCCGAUCAAUCGAGGAGAAGACUCGGCACGCAUGGAGCCUCCACUGGCUUCCUGGCCAUGGGAGAACCUGGGCACCUACAAGUACUUGCUGUGCGCGCCGCUGCUGGCCAAGGCCGUGGGCGGCAGGGCGUGGGAGAGCGGGAGCCCGGACCGGUGGUGCUUCCUCCUCCUCCUCCUCUUCGUCCUCCGGGCGGCGACUUACCACUCCUGGGGCAUCUUCAGCAACAUGCUCUUCCUCAACCGCCGCCGCGUCAUCGUCCGCGACGGCGUCGACUACGAGCAGAUCGACAAGGAAUGGCACUGGGACAACUUCCUGAUCCUGCAGCUCUGGCUGGCGGCCAUGGCCCUGUACGCCUUCCCUUCCCUGAGGCACCUCCCUCUCUGGGACGCGCGGGGCGCGGCCGUGGCGCUCCUGCUCCAUGUCGCCGCCACCGAGCCCCUCUUCUACCUGCUGCACAGGGCCCUGCACAGAGAACACCUCUUCUCCGACUACCACUCCCUCCACCACUCCAUCAGAGUCCUCCAGCCUUACACAGCUGGGCUCGCGACGCCGCUCGAGAUCCUGGCGAUCAGCGGGCUCAUGGCGGUGCCCGUCGCGGCCGCCUGCGCGGCGGGGCUCGGCUCGGCCUGCCUGCUCUUUGGCUACGCGCUGGCGUUCGACUUCCUCAGGGCCAUGGGGCACUGCAACGUGGAGGUGUUCCCCGGCUGGCUUUUCGAGACCGUCCCGGCGGCCAGAUACCUCAUCGGCACCCCGACGUAUCAUACUAUCCACCACACUGACAAGGACAGCAACUUCUGUCUGUUUAUGCCAUUAUUUGAUCUGCUCGGAGGCACUCUGAAUGGCAAGUCCUGGGAGCUGCAGGAGAAAAAUAGCGCAGGGAGUGACGAGAUCCCCGGCUUCGUGUUCCUGGCCCACGUCGUCGAUGUGAUGUCGUCCAUGCACUCCAGAAUGUCGAGCAGGUACCGCGCCUCGCUGCCGUACCGCACCAGGCCUUUCCUCGUGCUGAUGUGGCCCGUCGCGUUCGUGUUCAUGCUCAUGAUGUGGGCGUGGUCCAAGACCUUCGUCGUCUACUUCUACAGGCUCCGGGGCCGCCUGUUCCAGACCUGGGUCGUCCCCAGACACGGCUUCCACUACUUCUUGCCGUUUGCGAAAGAUGGCAUCAACAAGCAGAUCGAGACGGCCAUCCUGAGGGCCGACAAGAUGGGCGUCAAGGUCAUCAGCCUCGCGGCACUGAACAAGAACGAGUCGCUGAACGGCGGGGGCACGCUGUUCGUGACGAAGCACCCGGGCCUGCGGGUGCGCGUCGUCCACGGCAACACGCUGACAGCGGCGGUGAUCCUACGGGAGAUCCCCGAGGGCACGGCGGAGGUGUUCCUGACCGGCGCCACGUCCAAGCUCGGCCGCGCCAUCGCGCUCUACCUCUGCAGGAAGAGGGUCCGCGUCAUGAUGCUCACGGCGUCGGAGGAGAGGUUCCAGAAGGUCCAGGAGGAGGCGCCGCCGGAGGCCCGGCAGUACCUGGUCCGCGUCACCAAGUACCAGUCGGCCCAGCACUGCAAGACGUGGAUCGCGGGGAAGUGGCUGUCGCCGGGGGACCAGCGGUGGGCGCCGGCGGGGACGCACUUCCACCAGUUCGUGGUGCCGCCCAUCCUCCGCUUCCGCCGGGACUGCACCUACGGCGAUCUCGCCGCCAUGCGCCUGCCGGACGACGUGCAGGGCCUCGGCGUCUGCGAGUACACCCUGGGCCGCGGCGUCGUGCACGCGUGCCACGCCGGCGGCGUCGUGCACUUCCUCGAGGGGUACGAGGGCCACGAGGUCGGCGCCAUCGACGUCGACCGCAUCGACGUCGUCUGGGAGGCCGCGCUGCGCCACGGCCUGCGCCCCGCCUGAUCCAUCCAUCGAUCGAUAGCAAGCAAUGUCAUCAUCGAUCAAUUUCGCAUGCCAACGGCAGAAUGUCACUUUUGAUUUCAGUGAACAGCCAUUCAUAAAUAAGGACACCAGCACAACGAGUGAAUAAUACAUAUCAGUUCAAAUGUUUGGAUUUGUAUUUGUUGGAUACUUUGUAUUUUGAGCUUUUCCUUUUUUUCUUAUA